UUCAUCCAUCUUGUCUAAUUGGGUGGCUGUAUAUGUAUGGGCCACAUGUGGGGCAGGCUCUGAAUGGGUGUUCCUUCAGUCUCUGUUUUAAUCUUUGCCUCUCCCUUCCCUGCCAAGGGUAUUCUUUUUCCUCAUUUAAAGAAGGAGUGAAGCAUUCACAUUUUGAUCAUCCGUCUUGAGUUUCGUUUGUUCUAGGGAUCUAGGGUAAAAAAUGGGGUUUAGAGCUAAACAAAGAAUUCACAGCUGAGGAAUGCCGAAUGGCUGAGAAACACCUAAAGAAAUGUUCAACAUCUUUAGUCAUAAGGGAAAUGCAAAUCAAAACAACCCUGAGAUUUCACCUCACACCAGUGAGAAUGGCUAAGAUCAAAAACUCAGGUGACAGCACAUGCUGGCGAGGAUGUGGAGAAAGAGGAACACUCCUCCAUUGUUGGUGGGAUUGCAGACUGGUAAAACCAUUCUGGAAAUCAGUCUGGAGGUUCCUCAGAAAAUUGGACAUUGAACUGCCUGAGGAUCCAGCUAUACCUCUCUUGGGCAUAUACCCAAAAGAUGCCUCAACAUAUAAAAGAGACACGUGCUCCACUAUGUUCAUCGCAGCCUUAUUUAUAAUAGCCAGAAAAUGGAAAGAACCCAGAUGCCCUUCAACAGAGGAAUGGAUACAGAAAAUGUGGUACAUCUACACAAUGGAAUAUUACUCAGCUAUCAAAAACAACGAGUUUAUGAAAUUCGUAGGCAAAUGGUUGGAACUGGAAAACAUCAUCCUGAGUGAGCUAACCCAAUCACAGAAAGACAUACAUGGGUAUGCAUUUUGCCCAUAGCCUUGGGUACAAAUCGAGGAACUCCAGCACCUGUCACACCAUUUCACUUACUACUCCUGGAAGCAAUGAACAAAUCCAACAGACACAUUCAGAUGUCCUUCUGAAGAUGAUGAUAAGCAUUUUACGAGCCUGGUACCACCCUCUGGAACAUCUUGUACAUGCAGUGGCUACUCUUGAAGGAAUCUGUGAGACCAUGCUGUUCAAAGUCAAAGAGGUGGAGGAAAAAAACCAAGAAAUUUUAGAAAAAAUCAAGGCAAUCCUUGUUAGGGUUUAUCCUGGAGCUGAAGAAAAUGUCUACCCUGUUUGGAUGGGACUGGCAGAUGUGAGGUCUGCCAAUGAACUAACUCGUCACUUUACUCUUAGUAAUCUACUUCACUGCCUGGACAGUAAUACUGACAAAGUUGCCACUUACCUUGAGGCCCUAAAGUGCCGUAUCAUUCAUAAUAAUGACUGCUAGCACAUCCAUCUACCUACUACUGGUAAUCCAGUAUCAUUAAUGCUUUCUUUCUUUAGUUUUUAUCUUUUCCAUGCACAUAUGUGUAUAGUGAAUUGUUCCUUAAAAAAUAAAAACAGGUUCUUUAGAAAUGA